AUGGACAUGAUGGGAAAUGAAGGCUUUCGUCUUGAAUUUGAUGCCAAGAGCUGGAAUACCGCGUCUUACCUUGUCGGACGUCGCUUCUCCCCGAUCGCAGCGUCGAACGAGGACUCCCCCAUACAGCUCGUCAUGCGCACCCUAGACACGGGAACAUAUCCAAGCGCGGCGGACGGCCCUGUCGACCUCAUUCAUGUCAGCACGAUCGCUCGGAUAUUGAAGCAAUAUAAAGUAGUCUGCGAGCUGGAUGGGGCCGCGAAGCAUACCCAAAUGGAGAUGGUAUUUGAUAGAGAAGCACUCUUGAUCAGCAAGAUGCUUUGGGGAGCCUCUUUGGGCAUGUGUGAUCUUGAUGCCUGUGAUCUAGAGGUAGGCGAGGUGAUCUGGCUGCGCUCAAUCUCGAGUCCUCUCAGGUACAAAUAUCUCCUGCCCACCAAAUCUCUCCACCCUUCCUACACCUAUCUACAACCCUCACUCCUCCUCCUCGACGCCCUCCCUCCUUCGACGCCCUCCCUCCUUCGACGCCCUCCCUCCUUCGACGCCCUCCCUCCUUCGACGCCCUCCCUCCUCCUCCGCCCUCCGCGACGCCGUUCUCGACAACUAUGA